AUGGGCGCCCGUGACCACUCCGCGGCUCAAGAUGUCCACGCCCACGCCCACGCCCAAGGCGCCCCUGCCAAAUCCACCGAUUCCAGCCAGGCGUACCCUCAUUCGGGAUACUAUUCUUUGAUUCUGAAUUCACCGUCUCCAUACCUUGAGCGCCCGCGCACUGGGGGCCCAACCGAGGCUCAGCCUGAAGAGAAACCGGCCCCGUCAAGUAUCGCCGAAGCACAAACACCUCAAGAGAAAAUGGCAAUUGUUUUCGGCACUCGCCUUGCAGGUCCUGGUCGCCAAUCGCGCUAUAAUCCAGGAGAAGCACCGCCGGUGUCACAAUGGAAGACAAUCAACGGCGUUCCUAUACCGCCCCGUCCCGAGGAGCCAGACAAUUGUUGUAUGAGUGGCUGCGUGAACUGUGUUUGGGAUGGUUUCCGAGAUGAGAUGGAAGAAUGGGCUGCAAGAGUUGAAAAGGCCAAAGCCAAGGGCGGUCCCGAGAAGGGUACAGGAGAUAUGCGUGCGGCACCCAGAGCCGAAGUUAAUUCGGCCAGCGUCAGCAUGGAUGAUGAUGGCGGUGGAAGUGAAGCAAAUUGGCCGGCACCAAGUCAAGGCGAAGACUUGUUCUCAAAUAUCCCCGUUGGCAUUCGAGAGUUCAUGAAGACGGAGAAGAAGUUGAAGGUGAAGCAUAAACAAGAGGCAACUGCCUAA